AUGACUCCCACCAGCUAUUUCUCUCACCAGCUAUGCCGCCCUACCCUACGGAAGUUCGUGGCGCGCUGUUUCCUACCCCCGUAUAGAGGCACAACCGGAGGUACUUGCGUGCGCAGCAUGUCCAUCGAUCUAUUUCAGCUCACCUACGCUCCUGCUAGGCUGGGCCUAUACCUGCUGUCGCUUUUCUAUCCCCUGCGCGAGGACGGGUGCGUUCACACUACACAUCGUUACAUAGACGAGAUGGAGGGAAGCAGUUUAUUUGAAUACAGACACGCACCAAACAAUGAUUUUACCAGCAGCGACAAAUAUUCCUCACUACAUAAUUCUACACCUCUCAGAUACAUGCAGAUGGCGGUGUUGAACAAGUCUGUGUCAGCGGCACUGGAGCCUCGUCCGCCGUACGCGUCUCGACGCAGCCUGGUCCAGGCAACUGCGUACCCUGACCAUCAUCACUCACCGCGACAGAUCGAGUCGCUUCGUCGUAGGAGUGGACAGACUCCAGAAGUAGGAAAAAUGAGUAGUAGAUCACAUACUACGAUGAAUGGGAAGAGGCCCUCCUCAAUACCCUCUAGACAUCAGCCAGAAACUCAAUCGCAACAUGGUGAUUUGAUUAAUUAUAUCUGUGAUUCUUGGAAUUCUGUAUCUAGAGAGCUAGAUAUGUGUCACAAUCAACCACAUAGUAAUUCCUCCAAUUAUAGAAAUGGAGCAUCAGUUACAUAUUAUCAAGAACAUGAACCAAAUCCACAUCUGAAAAAUUUUGAACCUUUCAAUUUGGAGGCUUGGUGGGGACAGCGUGUUGUGCAAAGUAUCACUAGGAAUACAAAUUCCUAGUGCCAGGCCCAACAUGCUGAUUAUAAUCGAACAUUCUCAAACAGAUAUAAGAAACAAAAAAGAUAAAUUAGGAAAUUACAAUUUCGAUUUUUUUAUUUGUCAAAUUUAUUGUAAAUUCAAAACUGAUAAAAUAUGAUAGUUUAGAUAUCUACU